UUUGCCAAUUUGCUAAUAGGAGAGAGUGUUUACGGCUUUUGAGUCUUGAUCGUCGUGCGAUGCGAGUUCUGUUGGAUCCAUGACGAUGGUGGGUCUCCGCGACGGAUGGAAUUGCGCCUUCCGCCGAUGCCUCGACUAUUUCCCCUCUCUCUCCGAUCCCGCUCGGAGAUCCUCUCUGUGCUUGAAACUUGCGCUGGUGAUGAUACAUCUUAUCUACGUCGGCGUUCUCUUCCUUUUCGAUAAAGAUUUGGUUGCAAAGACAAAACAACAACCGUGGUACACAGGAUUAUAUUUGUUUUUAUUUGUUGCUACAUUGGUUCAAUAUUUCUUGACAGCUGGUUCCUCUCCUGGCUACGUUCUUGAUGCAAUGAGGGUUGCUAACCAGGCAGAUAAUUUAUUGAGGAAGACAUCAAUGACAAUGAAACAACCUGCUUCAAGCAGAAAUGUAAGCGUGGUUUUUCCAGUGGAUGGGAAUCAGUUGGGAAGAAACCUUUCAGGGAAUAAUCCUACAACCUGGACAAAGUUGGUGAUGGAGAUGUAUCCUCCUGGAUCUUCUCCUAGGCAAACAGACCGUUACAUAAUGCCCUUUCUCUUAAGGUCCUUGACUUGCAGUUACUGUAACGUUUUGCCGCCCCCAAGAGCUAGGCAUUGCCAUGAUUGCGACAAAUGUGUUCUUGAGUUCGAUCAUCAUUGUGUUUGGCUUGGAACAUGCGUAGGUCAGGGUAACCAUUGUCGAUUUUGGUGGUACAUCUUUGAAGAAACAGGAUUGUGCACUUGGACUGGUAUCUUGUACAUUACGUAUCUAAAAGUUAAUAUUUCAAAGGCAUGGUGGAUAGAUGUGAUAAUGAUCUUCUUGUUGGUUACUUUGUCAAUGUGCUUUGUCUUUCUGCUGCUGCUGGUCCUGUUCCAUAGCUUUCUUGUGUUAACAAAUCAAACCACAUAUGAACUUGCAAGACGGAGACGCAUUCCGUAUCUGAGGGGAAUUCCUGAAAGAGUGCAUCCAUACAGUAAAGGAGCCUGCAGAAAUUUGUACAAUUUUUGCUGUACAAUAAACGGUACAUACAGUCUGGAACCGCUGCCGUCACAACAGGAGCUUGACGAAAAGUCGAAACCCUACACAUGCAUGGAUGUUUUGUCAUGCCGUUGUUGCUGUUAGUCUGGCCAUUUGUAUUAUCCAUCUUCAUUAUUUGUUUUUAUCCUCUACUGGGACUUAGUUAGCCGAUUUGAUUUUGAAUUUUUAUGCCUUUAUAGGUUAUUUAAAUCCUUUCUAAUUUCCGUGCUUAAUAGUGGAGUGAACUCGCUGUCUUUUGUGUUCUGAACAAAUCUGAUAGUUUUUUCAUGCAAAUAUCAAGUCCUGAGCUGACAAAUGAUGUUCCAGAAGAAGCCCGAUACUCAUG